AUGCCUCAAGAGUCUAUAGAAAUAUAAAUGUUAAAACAACAAGUUUAGUUAUUACAAUAAGAACUUCAAUAAAUUCAUUAAUAUGGCAAUAUACGCAUACUCUGGAAUAAUAUAUUCUCAAAGUUAGAAACCAUCACAUUUACAUCUCAACAACCUCUCAAAAUCUAUUAGCAGUUGAUGUUUCGACAAAGCUUAUCUCAAGAUCAAAUCAAACUAGAGAAUCUCACCUAAGAUGCCGAAUGUCAGACUGAAGAUGAUUAAAUUAAAUUUUCAAGACACAAUCAAAUCCUGCAUUUCAUCAAUUAAAAUUGA